AUGCCCAAUUACAAGUGUGACAGGAAAAAUGUAUUAUCUGUUAUUGGAGGACUCACUUCAGAAUAUUCCAAGCAGAUGUCUACUAUUCUAAGCAACUACAAGAUCCCACAGUUCACUUUUGGUUCAUUUGAAGCUACAGCAAGUGGCAAAAGUGAUUUCCCUUUUUUGUACCGGCUGGCAGCAAGAGAAACCACAUAUCGUAUGGGGAUCAUUCAGCUUCUUCUGCAUUUCAGAUGGACAUGGAUUGGCCUGGUUGUAUCUGACGAUGACGCCGGGGAAAUCUUUGUGCAGAGACUAAGUCCUUUGUUUGCCCAGAAGAAAAUAUGUGUUGCCCUCUUGAGAACAGUAACUAACUAUAUUCUUAACAAUCACAUGCAAUUGGAUUACAUUGUAAGAAUCACAGAGUUAAUGCAAACACUUGUUUCAACUGAUGCCAAUGUGAUUGUUCUCAAGAUGGAUACAUUUUUGCUUAAUUUUUUAGCACAGUUCAUGGAAGCAGAUGAAAUCAAUGUGAUGAGCAACAGAGGAAAGCUCCACAUUUUCCUGGAAAACCUCCACUUUAACAAUGGAGCUGCCCAAGAAGUCUUGUUUGAGAACAAGGAAUUGUCCAUAGGGUAUGAUAUCAUCAACUGGGUCAUUUUCCCCAAUGAGUCCUACAUCAAAGUCUUGGUUGGAAGGGUUUUGCCAAGCCACAUGUUCAGCAUUAUGGAAGAUGCCAUUGUGUGGAACAAAGGAUUAAAGCAGGUGCCACCACGUUCCAUAUGUGUUGAAAGCUGCCAUAUUGGACACAGUAAGAUAGUUCAAGAAGGAAAACCAGCCUGUUGCUAUGACUGCACUCCGUGCUCAGAAAACAUGAUUUCUAACAAGAAGGAUGCAGUUCAUUGUACCAUGUGCCAAGAAGAUCAAUACUCAAAUGAGAACCAUGACCAGUGUAUCCCUAAGCAUAUAUCAUUCCUCUCUUAUCAAGAGCCCUUGGGCAUUGUUUUGGUUAGUGUUGUUCUUUCCUUUGCUGUGAUCACUUGUUUUGUGACACAAACCUUCCUAAAGAAUUGGACUACCCCCAUUGUCAAAGCCAACAACCAGAAUCUCACAUGCCUUCUUCUCAUUUCCAUCCUGCUGUGCUAUCUUUCUUGUUUUCUCUUCAUUGGCAAACCGGGGAAGGUGACCUGCCUUCUUCAACACAUGACCUUUGGCAUCAUAUUCUCUGUGGCAGUUUCUUGUGUGUUGGCAAAAACAAUCCUUGUGGUCCUGGCCUUCAUGGCCACAAAGCCAGGCAACAGGAUGAAAACAUGGCUGGGCCAAAAAGUGGCUAUUUCCAUUGUUCUUUCCUGCUCCCUCAAACAAGUGUGUAUUUGUACCAUAUGGGUGUUGACCUCUCCACCAUUCCCAGGUGUUGACAUGCACUCACAGGCUGGAAAGAUCAUACUGGAAUGCAAUGAAGGUUCCAUCACCAUGUUCUACUCUAUGUUGGGCUACAUUGGCUUUUUGGCCCUCAUCAGCUUCAUUGUAGCUUUCUUAGCCAGAAGCUUGCCUGACACCUUCAAUGAAGCCAAGUUUAUCACCUUCAGCAUGUUGGUGUUUUGCAGUGUUUGGAUCUCCUUUAUUCCAGGUUAUCUGAGCACCAAGGGGAAACAUAUUGUGGUGGUGGAGCUUUUUGCCAUCUUGGCCUCCAAUACCGGGCUGCUGGCUUGCAUUUUCUUCCCCAAAUGUUACAUCAUUAUUUUCAGGGCUGAUCUCAACACAAAGAACCUGCUAACUGGAAAAAGGAUGGGCUGA